CCCUUUUUUUUUUGCUCUAUUCCUCAUUCUUUCAUCACAACAUGACCGACCUGUAAGAGCUUCCACUCACCGGAGAAAUCAUGCAGAAUUUCCAUUUGAAGAUGUAAUAACGUAAUAAAAAUGCACCGAACUUAAUUAAGGAUUUUUCGUGUAUUGUGCUCUUUUGUGCUCAAACAAAAGUUAAUUGGAUGAUUAAAUAGUCGCGCCAUGACGACGAAACCGUUUAUAAAUUAUACAAUCUAGAACAGCUAUACAAAUAGCACUAGAACCAGCGCAAGCCUUGCAUCUCUUCGCGUUGUGGGUCAACUAGAGAAAAUGGCGAUGAAAGCAAUCGCAGUGACGGAUCAGAUGUCCAGGUCAACUUGUCCUACCGAUUACCAGGAAAUCCUGCAUGCCAGUGAACAUGAAGGUUUUCCAGACAAUGACUACAUGGACUCAAGUAGAAAAGUGUUCGCGAGUUUACAAGGAAUGCUUCUACUUCUAGGUAUCUUCAUCAACUCUCUUAUUUGCUACGUGAUGAUCAGGCGACAAAAGAUUCAUCGUAGUACCGCCAACUUCUACCUUUUUCACCUCUCCACAACGGAGCUCCUACUGUGGAUUGUGGUGCUACCGGUCGCCAUGGUGAUUCAGAUGUCUGACGCCGACUCGCGCGUACCUUGUAAGAUUCUCGUGUUCGUGAUUUUCACGUGCGAGGCUGUGAUGUUCGGUCUUCUCACUGCUAUUGCAAUCGAUAAGUAUACUAAUAUUAUCAGCCCAUUGAAGGGACUUGUCUUAGAAGAGCGUAAAUUCAUGUCCGUGGCCAUCUUGUGGGUGUUUGCUUUAGUUAUCUCCGCUCCGUUUCUUUACAGCGUCGAAGAGGCCAUCUUAAAGUAUGACCUAACGACUUCCACUCUUAUUCGAAUAACAGGAAAUAACAAGGAAGAAUUCCAAUCAAUACGUAACGGAACAGUCACCGGAGGUAACGUAACGUUCAAUCAAACAACCUAUAGGAACACAAGUUGUAUUCUACCCAUGAGGAUUUGCGAAAUACCGUCAAACGCGAGAGGUCAGGCAACUUGCACUUUCUACUUUAUCGUCUCGUUUUUGCUUCCAUUGAUCCUGAUAAUCUUCGCGUAUUCAAAAAUCGUGUGCCAGCUCUGGAUGAGAAGCAAAGCACAGGAUGCCCAAAGCUUCUCGGCUCGAACUAAGCUCCGUGCAGUGCGCAUGCUCGUAUUGGUAGUGCUUGCUUACUUAUUAACUGAUGGCCCGUGGACCGUCGCUUUUCUCGUCUAUGUUUACAAACCCAGCGACGUUCUCCCUGUAAAGAAACACUACAUCGUCAUCUCCAUUGUGGCCACUCUUUUCUAUGCAAGCUCGGUCCUCAGUCCACUGGUAUCCGCGAUCCACAGCGCCACGGUACAGCAAGAGAUCGUGCGUAUUCUUUGCUGUAGGCAUGCAAACGAGUCUUCAGACGCUAAGUCCGGCUCUUUGGCAUCCAAGGCAUCCACGGCGAAACCGUACAGUAGUAUAUCUUAUGCGAGGGAGAAGCUGAAAGACUGGAAGAAGAUCGAUGAAGCACCGAGUGAGGCAUAGCGUCUGAAGAGACAAAACUCAGGAAAUGAUAGGCGUAAUUUGCGAUCGUCCUCAGAAGCCCCUCCUACAAAAGUGUGACCGGCUCUCAUUUGGGGUUACUUGGAAAUGUUUACUUUUCGAAGCCGAGCUGUACUAGGACCGUGUAUGUGGCAAUGAGCGUGCAUUCAGCCAUAAAACCAGUCCAGAGCGUGGAAAUGAGCGUGCAUUCAGCGUGUAAGCCAGUCCAGUGCGUGGAAAUGAGCGUGCUUUAGGGUGUAAGCCAAUCCAGUGCUCAUCCAUCCUCGUUCCCAGGGUCUUCCCUCAUAUAGGGGAGGGUGGGACCCUGGGAACGAGGAUGGCGCUCAUCGUCCUUUGCGUGCUACAGGAAUCACAAUCUCUAGAAAGGCUCGAAAGAUGACAAGAGCGGUCAAGUUGGCCUUCGAGUAUUGUCGAAGGACUUGACAUCCUUAUCAAGUUUAUCAAGUUUGUUGUUAAACGUUAUAUAAAAUGCAUGGAUCUGUCUUUUAUUUGGGACUUGAAUAUGUCCAUGUGUCCUUAUUAAUCGAGUAGGCAGUGUCCAUGUGAGUGAGGGCUAAUAAGGGAUUAGCCCUCACCCUAGACACGCGCACUUUGAAGAGAUGGAGAAAGAAGGUACAAUUUCUUACAAUGGCCAUCAGUUCCUUGUAUUCCGGACUGAUUUUCCCUUUUCAAAACACAAAUAACGUGAGGCCGAAAUGCACAUACCCAGAUUUUGGCUUUUUAAGAUUUUCCCUUGGUCUGCCAUGCGCUAUGAACGAAUGGGGACGAAAAGCUCAAAUUUAAAUGACACAAAAAGUCGCAUCAGUUUAAAAAAAAGUCGCACUUGAUAUUUUGUUUGAUAUUACUCACUAAGUACUUAGGAGAAUUUCCGCCUUAUUCGAUGUGAAAUGGGCUUAUUGGAAACGUCAAGUCAUGUUUUCCCGUCAUGUCGAUGUGAUCAUACUAAGCGCCUUCAAGACUUACUCAAAUGAAGUAAAAAAUAACUACUGAAUAAGUUGCGUAAGCCAGAUAUAGCUCACCACAGGGUUCAAUUUUUUUUUUUUAAUCUGACAGGAAAGUAAGCAGGGUUUUUUUAAACUUUAUUUCUAAUUUGAUUUUAAAGAAUAAAGUGAAAGGAAAAUUA